AUGCACCACCUUGUUCACCAGCCGACUUCAAAAUCAAGAAGAAGAAGGUCCAAGAUGGCGGCCUCCGCAGCGUCGCGUGAACUCUUCACGGAGGGAGUUCGGGCGGUUCUUCAGACGUGGCCGGUUAUACAGAUCGCAGUGGACAACGGCUUUGGAGGCGUUUACGGCCAGCAGAAAGCUGAUUGGAUGGUGGAUGUCGUUCAGCAGUAUUUCCAUGACAACGCUGACCUGCAGCAGUAUGAGGUGGAGGAUUUUCUGUCUCAGCUGAUGGAUCAGGAGUUUGAUACGGUGGUGGAGGAUGGCAGCUUACCUCAGGUGUCGCAGCGUCUGCUGCAGCUGUUCUCCCUCCGGGAGCAGGGGGCGCUGCAGCAGCUCCGGAGCACCAUCCACACACUGACUCAGAGCAAAGCGCCAAGGGCAAAGGUCACGGCUCCGGCUACGCAGUCAGAUGACGAGGAGAGCAACAGCGAAACGCAGGGCAUGGAGUGUGAGGAGUCCUGCCCGUCCCUCAGCACCAUACGUCCUCCUCCUCAGGACGAAGAGGACGGCUGGACCAUGGUCCGGAGGAAGAAGUGACGAGCAGAACCAGAACUUUACAAACCAGACUUUAACUGGACUCCACCGUGGAGCCGCCAUUUAAGGGCGGAGCCUCCAUGAAGGCGCUGCAAAGUCCAGAUGAUCCGGUUCUGAUGGACUAGUUGGAAAACUGUCUUCGUUUAUUUAGAACAUUAAAAUGGGUCAAAUUAAACAGAACCAAUCAAUUUUAAAAUAUUAGUCCAUUAAAAUUCUUCUCAUAUGUUCUGGUUCUCUGGUCCAGCAGAACCAGAACCAGGUGGAAACUUUGAGGAUGACGGAUCCGAUCUGAUCCAGAACCACAUGCUAGCAUAUCAGACUGGACCCGGACUGUCUGGUUCUGUGCUGCUUUAGGUCAAAUUCUGACUGGUUCUGGAUGUUUCAGUUCUUUGAAGUUAAAAAUAUUUUGAUAUUUUUAUUAUUAAUAAUGCCACCUGGGAUUAGCUAAUGCUGGUUAGCAUCCUGAUUAGCAUUAGCUAAUGCACCUUCAGCUGCUAAUCAACAUUAGCUGCGAUUAACAGCUAAUGAUGCUAAUUAGCUGCUGAAGCUGUUCUGCAAUAUUUUCACUAAAAUCAUGAAGUCGUUUUUAAUGGACUUGUUUAAAAUAAGUGCUUUUAUUCUGAAAGUUGAGGUGUGACAUCAUCUCUGCUCAUGAAUAAUUAGUUAUCACUGCUGGAUGUUGUGUUGAGGUUUAACCCCUGCAGUUCGUAUUCAGAGCUGAAUUUAAAUAAAGUUACGAAAACAUCAUGAA